AUGCCCAGCGCGGGGCCGCGAGGACGCCGGCCGCCCGCUCCAUCGGACGCUCGGGUGCAGCCCCCGCGCCCGGGCUGCUCUCCCGAGCCCGCGUUCCCCGCACUGCUGCGCCGCUUGUCUGGCCCAGACCCACACCGCGCGCCCGGACGCCUCGAGUCCUCCUUCUCCGUCGAGGCCAUCCUGACCAGGCCCGACCCCCGCGCGCCCGGCGCCUCCCGGCUGUCAGUCCCCGGCUGCGCCGCCGCGGGCCUCGGGAACGCUCCCUCCUGGCCUCCGGCCCGGGUUCUGCCCGGCGCAUGUCCAGCGGCGUGGCUGCCCGCCUACCUGAGCGCGGGGCUGGACCAGCAGCGCCCCCAGACCCUGGUGCUGGGGCUGCGCGCGGCCCACUUCUGCGGCCUCCAAGGCCUUGGCAUCACAGGCUUGGAGCUGGCUCACUGCCCAGGCCUCUGGGGUCCUCCAGACUGGGCCCCAGCUCACGACCUUCAGGACACUGAGAGAUCCCAAAAGAGGGUUCGAACUAUGUUUAACUUGGAGCAGUUGGAAGAGUUGGAGAAAAUGUUUGCAAAACAGCACAAUCUCGUGGGGAAGCAGAGAGCCCAGCUGGCAGCCCAGCUCAACCUUACGGAGAACCAGGUGAGGGUCUGGUUCCAAAACCGCAGGGUCAAGUACCAGAAGCAGCAAAGGCUGAAACUGCCACCUGUGUCUGCCACGGCUGCCUCUCCAGACGAGCCCUCCAGCAGCUCCGAAACCAGCAUCCAGAGAGAAGACGCCGGGCCAGGAAUGGACAGCUGAGGACUGCGACAGAGGCUCAGCCCAGGCUGUCUGGGCUAGUUCUCCCCAGGGGCACCCACUGGACCUCCAUUCUCUCCUUCUUAAUGAAGAGCCUUGUCAGAGUCAAGGGGUACUACCCCUGGGAGCUCUAAUAAUGAAAAUG